UUUGUAAGAACUGCGAUUUCUUUCUAUCGUCUUUCUAUAUAAAGAUCACUUAUCUGGAAGAAACUUUAGUCUUGCAAAAAUUGUUGAAGUGUUCAAAGUAAAAUGAAGUCAAACAAAAUGUGUACGUCGGUUUUUGUAGUUGUCCUUGUGAUAUUAAAAAGCUCGUUAAUUCAGUCUCAUGAAGUGGUACCUCUUCAUCGGUUGCUGAACUCCAAAUCAGGGAACCAUUUCUACACAACGUCGACUGAUGAAGCAACGAAUGCAGUGACGGCAUUACAUUUUACGUACCAAAGUAUAGCUGGCUCCGUAGCGACCAGUCCAUUGGAUUGCCAAUUGCAGCCGGUAUACAGGCUGUACAGAUCAGGAAAGAAGGACGACCAUUUCUAUACUACAAAUGAUUUUGAAGCAGUUACUGCCGCUUCAAAGUUUGGCUACAUACGCGAGGGUGUUGCAUUUUACUGUGCAUCUGCGAUAAAUCAAUGCGGUGCAACGCUGGCCUUCAACAGAUACUUACAAGGCAGUGAUCAUUUAUAUACGGCAGACUUAACUGAGGGUCACCGAAUAGCAGCUGGUGGUGGCUCAUUUGAAGGAAUUAUGUGCUACAUUUGGCCAUAAUGUGGAAUGUUGCCGUAGUAAACAAAUAAAU